AGGCGGCAAGAAGAAUAAAAAGAAGGGAACCUUGCUUUCUUAAUUCAUUUUUCCCUCUUUAUUUUUUCCCUCGCCACCUCCGGUCUUUCUCCUGUAUUUUUUGAAGUGAUUUUGGACCGAGUUUUUUUCAGACCGUCUGGGCUUGGCUUUUUAAUUUUUUUUUUUUUUUUUUACUUCUACAAAGCGUUUUAUUUUAUAUUUUUUUUUCCUAAGUAUCGUGUGUGGCAAAGAAAAAAAAAAAAAAGCGUCGAGCCAAGUGAUUCAGGCGCUCUGCAGGGACGAGGGGUGCGCAAAGAAAGAAAGAAAGAAAGAAAAAGUUGCCUUGGUUGCUCGCGAGCUCUUGCUACCUUGAUGUGAUUAAGGGCAGCCGGCUGAAGAAAGGGCAGCGCAGCCUGUAGGGGUGCGAGCGGCUGCCGGUUCCUCUCCCUGCAGCCCCUCGGAGGCGGCGAGGGCGGUGCGUGCUGCUCCCCCCUGCCCGCCGCGCCGCGUUCCGGCGGGCCGGGGCCGGCGUCUGCGUCCUCCUCCUGCGCCCCGGCCGGGGCUGCGCGGGGGCGCGUCCCGGCGCCCCCCCCUCUGCCGGUUGCCAUGGUGCCGCGGCCCGGCGUGCUGCGGGCACUGGUGGUGGCGGCGGUGGCGCUGCUGGCCCCGCGGGCGGCGGCGGCGCUGGCGGGGCCGGUGGUGCGCUGCGAGCCCUGCGACACGCGGGCGCUGCAGCGCUGCAAGCCCCUGCGGCCCGACUGCGCCGAGAGGGUGCGGGAGCCGGGCUGCGGCUGCUGCCUCACCUGCGCUCUGCGCCCGGGACAGCCCUGCGGCAUUUACACCGAGCGCUGCGGCGCCGGCCUGAGCUGCCAGCCGCGGCAGAAGGAGGCGCGGCCGCUGCAGGCUCUGCUGGAGGGCCGCGGACUCUGCACCAACGCCACGGCGGGCGGCAAGCUGGGGGCCUUCUUGUCGGAGCCGCACGCUGUAGGAAAUUCCAGUGAUUCACAAGAGGACCGGAGUACCACCAGUGCAGAAAAUCAGGCCAUCCCAAACUUGCAAAAGGUGCCACAUCCUAAAUCGCAUCGACUGCACAUAAAAAUGGAUAUAAUCAGGAAAGUGCAAGCCAAAAAUACUCAGCGCUAUAAAGUGGAAUACAAUUCGCAGACUACGGAUACAAUGAAUUUGUCUUCCAAAUCCAAACAGGAGACUGAAUAUGGUCCCUGUCGUAGAGAAAUGGAAGACACUUUAAACCAUCUAAAGAUCCUGAAUGUCUUGAGUCCCAGGGGCUUUCAUAUUCCGAAUUGUGACAAGAAGGGGUUUUACAAGAAAAAGCAAUGUCGUCCAUCCAAAGGCCGAAAGAGAGGUUACUGCUGGUGUGUGGAUAAAUAUGGACAGCCACUUCCUGGGUAUGACGGGAAGGGAAAAGGAGAUGUCCACUGCUACAACUUGGAAAGCAAAUGAGGGCUAGGUGCCAACUCUUCUGGCAUCUGUGCAUGGGCACUGGACCUUGCAGAGACAUUGGAGGGGCUGGGCAAAACACUGUGGACUGUAUUGGGUGUGGAAUAACAAGCUCUGCCUCCUGCAGGAGGUGGGGAGUCACAACCUCUGUGGAUGCUGCUGCAGCUGCACCCUGCCACCGAAGUGUUGGCUUCCUAUAGGAUGUGUAGGGAGCUCUGAAUUCCCAUGUAAACCUGCACUAUUGAUACCCAGAGAGAGAGAAAAACAAAAGGCACUUCAGAAUGCAUUCAGGGAGUCUCCACUGUCUUUUUAAAGAAUGACCUGUGACCAAUUUGAUCCCAAAAGAUACUGGGUUUUUAUUUUAAAGAAUUUAUGGAUUGUAAGUUUGUAAAAGUAUAAAAGGAAAACAAAAAGAAAAAAAAACAACAAACCCACAAGAAUUUAAAGGUUAAGCUUUUUUUUUUUAUAGGUCUUACUUAUCUUCACGGGUAAAGUGUUAUAAAAAUCUCAAAUAACUUUUUAAAGAAACAUAUUUCUAAAAUAAAGACAUGGCUAUUUUUUUAGUAAAAUAUAUUAUGAAUAUUCUUUUAGUCUGUAUUUAAUAUAAUUGUUUUUUUAAAACUUUAUUUAAAUAUAAUGUGAAUACCAAAUACUACACAAUAAUUCUUGUAUAUACUUCUGUAUGCAAAGAGAAAGGAAGGGUAAGAAAGAUUUAGAAAUAGGUAUAGAUCCAUAUGCACACAUGACCUAUUCUAGGUAAUAGAAAUUAAUUUGUGGUGUGAAGGAAGUGUUUCCAGUAGAGAUUAAGAUUUGUUAUUUGAAGUAACUACAAAUACCAAUAUCAUAUUUCUUUUAAAAAAAUAUAUAAUUAUUGUAUUGGUAUUUCUUACAUACCCAUCACUGUGUCUUAUGCUACUGGAAAGGGUAACAGUUGCACGGAAGCUCUCAGUAAAACAUUCUUCUGUCUGUCCUUCGCUUCAGCUUGUGCAACAGGACUUACCUUUCCUCCUUUUACUAAUACGGAAUAUUCAUGGACAAAAAAAUUGCCAUUACAGUA